UUUUUUUUUUACUCAGACCCGGGCGGGCAGCGUGUCACCACCGAGUGGGAAAACUCUUCACGUGAGGGAAAAACUUGUAUAAAAGCACAACGAGGAACCAGCACGGGCGACAGUCCCAAAUCGAACCGGAUUUCGAGUGGCAGCAACCCUUCAGAUUCUUUCCCUGGAAAUCCCCACCACUGGAAACCCAUUUAUCACACAACAAAAAUGACAUUCUCGACUUCGUCCAGCUUCUCCCGGCGUACCAUCGUUGCCCUGCUGGUAUGCACUCUGCUCCUAGAUCUAAGUUCUUUCACCGAAGCCCGGCCACAGGAUGACCCCACAUCUGUGGCCGAAGCGAUCCGGCUCCUACAGGAACUGGAGACUAAACACGCCCAGCACGCUAGGCCAAGGUUGGCACGCAGUGAACUACCUCCAAAUUAUAAUGGUAUUCACUCGGGACUUGACAAAAUUAUCGGAUAUUUCAUCCUAGAAGCAAUCGAUAGAGCACAUUCAUCUGAUGCUAGACCAAGAUUCGGCAAACGAGGUUAUAUAAAUCCAGCUAGCUACGGACAGGAUGAACAGGAGCGUAACUAUUACAGGAUGAUUGGCAGGAUUCAACGUUUACAAGAUGAACAAAAUAGCGUGAACUAAGGCAAAAAUACGGAUUACAAUCCGGGGCGAACAUAGCGAACCUGGCCAGCAUGAAACAAUCUACGCUAUUGGCUCUCGAUUCAAACGAACAUCAUUAAAGACUAGAAGACAAACUAGAAUAAAAUGUUAGAAAAGGCAAACCUCGAUUGUCAUAAUUGGAUUUGAUUGUUUGAAGGACUAAAUGAUAAUACUUAAAUCCUUCUUCUCAACGUGUAAUCAAUGUAUUUUGAGUAUGUAUGCAUUAUAUGCUACAAAUUCAGACGUUUUGGUAAUAUUUUAAGAACGAUCUGAUUACAAAUGAUUAAAUUUACUGCUACGAUUGUUUUCAACAAAUGAAUCACAUGUACAUAAAUAAACGUAUAUUAUACAAGAACAGUAAAUGGCGAGAAAUGCCGCCGCUUAGAAAUGAAUUGCUGACCAUUGAGCAGAAAUAAAGUUCUGAAAUAGGACAACCAAAA